AUGUCUCGAACAGUUCUGGUCGUUGGGGCCACUGGAAAUCAGGGUGGUGCUGUCAUUGACAACCUUUUACAAUCAGAGGCUUCCUUCACUAUUCUUGCCGUCACUCGAGAUCCUAGCUCCUCAACAGCCCAGAGGCUUGCUCAGAAGUCGUCUGACAUUAAACUCGUCCAAGGGGAUCUUGAUAGUCCUUUCGCUAUCUUCGAGAACACCAAGGCUGUUGUGUCUGAGCCAGUAUGGGGGGUUUAUUUCGUCCAGAAUCCGCUCGCUAGUCAGCAGACACCAGAGCAAGAGGUGGAGCAAGCAAGAAAGUUUAUCGACGAAUGCAUAAAUCACAAAGUCAAGGUCUUUGUGUACGGCUCAGUCGACCGUGGCGGUGAUCGGUCAUUCAACAACCGCACACCUGUUCCGCACUUUGCCAGCAAAUACGACAUCGAGCAUUAUCUGGUCGAAAAAGCGCCAUCGGCAAAUAUGAACUGGACGUUUCUCCGCCCAACUGGUUUCAUGGACAACUACAAACCAGGGUUCCAAUCCAAGUUGUUCCUGACAUGCUGGAAGAUCGCAAUCAAAGACCAGCCUUCUCAACUCAUCGCUGUGUCAGACAUUGGUUACUUUGCCGCUCAGGCGUUCACGUCCCCGGAUCAAUAUAAGAAUCAGGCCAUUUCCCUAGCUGGCGAUGAGUUGACUUUCGAUCAAGUCGCCAAAAUCUUUGAGGAAACGACUGGUCAGGAUGUGCCUGUUACUUUCGGGAUCGUUGCUCGGCUCAUGCUGUUUUUUGUCAAGGGAAUUGGUGCGAUGUUCAAGUGGAUGCAGGAUGAGGGUUUCGGUGCCAACGUCCAGGAGCUCAGAGCAAGCCAUCCACACAUGGUAACGUUUGAAACUUACCUAAGGACUCAAAGUGGAUACGUUUCAAAGAAGCAAGGUUAA